AUGCCCGCCGCAGAGAAAAUAGAGUCUGUUGCAGCAGUGCGCGCAGUUGAGCCCGACGUGGAGAAGAAGCCGGGUCCCCCAGCCGGGGGACCGCCUGGGGGUGGCCCACCAGGCCGCACACCACCGCCCGACGGAGGUCGUGAUGCCUGGCUGACCGUGCUGGGAUCCUUCUGUGGCAUGUUUGUCAGUUUUGGUUGGAUUAAUUGUAUCGGUGUUUUCCAGGAUUACUAUGAGAGUCACCAAUUGAAGAACCUGUCGCCGAGUACGGUGGCUUGGAUUCCGUCCUUGGAGACGUUUAUGAUGUUCAUUGGGGGUCCUAUCGGCGGCACGAUCUUCGAUUACUAUGGCCCUCGCCACAUGCUCAUCAUCGGCACUUUCUUCCAGGUCUUCGGCCUGAUGAUGGCCUCGAUCUCGUCUGAAUACUACCAGUUCAUCCUCGCACAGGGUAUCUGCAGCCCGCUGGGCGCCAGCUGCAUCUUCUACGGUUGCGUGAAUUCCGUGUCGACCUGGUUCCACCACCGCCGCGCCCUCGCCCUGGGUAUCAUGGCUAGCGGCUCGAGUUUGGGUGGUGUCGUGUACCCGAUCAUGGUCGAUCACCUCAUCCCCAAGCUGGGAUUUGCCUGGGCCAUGCGCAUCUGCGCCUUCUUGAUCCUCGGCCUUCUGAUCGUCACCAACUUCACCGUCCGCUCGCGCCUCACACACACCCGCAAGAAGUUCGACGCUCUCGAGUUUGUUCGCCCGCUCAAGGAGGCCAAGUACUCCGUCACCGUCCUUGCCGCCUUCUGUUUCUUCUGGGGCAUGUUCCUCCCCUUCACCUUCGUCAUCACUCAGGCUGAGGAGUACGGCAUGUCGGCAAGGUUGGCGUCCUACUUGAUUCCGAUCCUCAAUGCUUCUAGUGUCUUCGGUCGAACCAUCCCCGGCUGGCUCGCCGACCGUUUUGGCCGCUAUAACGUGAUGACCAUCUUCACCGGCUUCUCCGCCAUCAUCGUUCUCGCGCUGUGGAUGCCGUCGCGCUCCAACGCCCCCGUCAUCGUCUUUACCGCUCUGUAUGGCUUCAGCUCCGGUGCCUUCAUCUCCCUCGGUCCCGCCCUCAUCGCCCAGAUCUCCGACAUCCGCAAGAUGGGCGUCCGCAACGGCACCUUCUUCGCCAUCAUCUCCAUCGCCGCCCUGACGGGUUCCCCGAUCGGUGGUGCUCUGGUCCCCGACGUCCUCACGGACUCAUACGAUAAGCUGCAGAUCUUCUGCGGUGUUACCAUGCUCGCGGGCACGGUAUUUUUCGCCGUCGCCAGAGUCUUGGUUGGCGGCCCCCAGCUCCUGAAGAAGGUUUAA